CAAUAUGGCGUCGCAAGUGGAGAAUUCUGAUCAGUCUGCUGCGGCAAUACAAAAGAGUAUUUCUGCUGCUUUUGAUAUAUUUGAUCAUGAAUCAAAUAAAACAGUCGACAUGCGGGAGGUUGGCACAAUCGUGAGAUCUCUGAAGUGCUGUCCAACGGAGGGAGAAUUACACGACAUUUUAGCUGAUGUAGAGGAAGAUGAACCAACGGGAUAUGUACGAUAUGAAAAAUUUGAACCUGUCAUGAUGAACAUUUUGAUGCAGAAGAAAUACAAGCCAUGCACAGAAGAGCAGUUAAGGAAGGCUUUUGAAGUGUUAGAUCAGGAUAAUAAAGGAUAUCUAACUACAGAAGAGCUCACAAAGUAUGUCACAGAAUCUGGAGAACCAUUUACCCAAGAAGAGAUGGAAGAAAUGAUGUCCGCAUCUGUUGACCCGGAUCAGGGAGUUGUUUUUUAUAAAGAUUACAUACCUAUGAUGGUUGUUGAAGAAUCCUGACGAUAUGAAGCACUUUCAAUAUUGGGUAUCUACCGGCAAAGAUGUAUAUAUAAACAAGAAGAUGCUCAAUAUAUAGGGCAUGAAACUUAUUGGCCGGUAGCUUCGAGUUUCAAGAUUGUAUCAAGGCAAGGUGGUUCAGUCUAUUGAACAAUCCUAACGUAUAGGAUUGGUCUUCAUCGAUGUGAACGGAACGUGCGUUUGCACACAUUGAUAUGAUACGGUUGAAAAAAUUAUUGUAACUUAAAAUUGGUAUAUCAUAGGUUGAAAAAUGAAGGCCUUUUCAUAGGUUGAACCUUUAUAUAGUAGGGAUGUUGUUAUAGAACAUAUACUAACGAUUGACGAUCGUUACGACGACAGCACCGGUUCAGAAACAAAGAAAAGCAGACGUAAUUGCUACCAUGCAAGAAUGCUCCUAGUGCCAAGAGACCCAAGACAUCUCAACUCGAAACCUUGCUUGUGAAUGACCUUGUCAACUAAAUUGAGAUGAAUAUUAUGCAUUAGCAUUUCCUGUUGCUAGUUGGUACACAUAAGCACAAUAGAUCUUAUACCGUUUUUAGAAAAUUGCCCUCAGGAUUGUUGGGCUGGUCAAAAUCGUUGCACGUAUUGAAUAUACCUAAAAAUAGCACGAAAAUUCAUGCGUCGUUUUUGGGCGAUCUUGCUAUCAACUGACGUUUAUUAUAAAUCCUACUAAACAGUAUAUUUAAAGCUACCGUGCCUCUUCAUUUGUUGAUUGUGAAAUGUAAUUGAACGAUCUCUAGUGUCUGUUACUUCAAGACCCGGCUAUUACAAGAUUUGGUGUCUUCAUCGUAAUCUUUCUGCAACACAGAAUAUAACAUCGUAAGACAUAUUGCAUGACAAGCAAGUGAUUGUUGUUCCUGCAAUAAGGACUUUGCUCCUCAAAGGUUCUCAGUCAGACAGGCAGCUCUUUAGUUUGCAGUGCCACCAUCUAUUGUAUGAUAAACUACUCAUUGUUAUGAUUGGAAUAGGGCCUUAGACAUCUCAGAACCUCUCAGUCAGGCUGGCAGCAUUUCGGUUAUGCAGUGUUAAAUUCAACUGGAAAUAAAGUUACAUCUAUAUGUUAUACCCAAAAUGCCAAACUGAUAGAUGCUAUAAUAGUGAAGCUUUGCCGCCGAACACAAGACAUAUUGCGAACAAUCGAACACUACCGACGAUAACUCUCUUUUUAGACCGACCACAAUGUGAAAUGUAUCUCAGUGUUUUGGACAAAUCUUAUAUGCUAUCAAUGUCACUUUCUUAUCUCAUUUCAAACGAGUGAAACUUUAAUCCCAUACACACGCCCCGAUAACAAUCUCGGUAUGUGAAUUGAAUGGCAUAACUAGUAACCUUUUGCUUUCAACACUAUAGAAACGGUUUUACAAAAGACAGUCUCGAAUUUGAGUCACCAAGGACAUGCUGUU